AUGUUCAAGAAAGAUAUAACCUCGGGCGCCAAAUCCAAAGUAAAAUCCAGCGCCCAGCGCGCCAUCCGCUCCAAAGUCCUCGAGUCCUACCCCAAGCUAGAACCUUACAUCGAAGACAUUCUCCCUAAGAAGGAGCAACUAGACCUUGUCAAGCUGCCGGACCGCGUCUCGCUCUACACUUUGCAUGGCACGCCGCUAUUCUUCCAACACAUGGACGACGCCAUCCUCCCACAUCUAACCCUCGUACACAAAUACCCCCACGCAUUCAACCGCCUACGUAUCGAUCGCGGCGCUAUCCGCUUCGUUCUCUCGGGUGCUACGCUUAUGGCUCCGGGACUCACUUCGCCAGGAGGAAGAAUACCAGACGCCAGCUUGUCCGCGGAAGACAAGGAAGUGUAUGGUGAGCAAGACUUGGAGCCGGGAAGUGCGGUGGUAAUUGAAGCCGAGGGGAAGGAUACGGCUUGCAUGGUGGGUGUGUUGAAGAUGGGUACGAAGGAGAUGAAGGAGGUAAAGAAGGGACAAGCGUGCGAGGCGGGACAUUAUUUGGGGGAUGGGCUUUGGGCAUUGAAGUUGGAUUGA